AUGGCGUCAGCUAGCCACCUGUUCAAGCCCGUAUUGGGCGGUGCUGCCGUUUUUGCAGCCUAUACAACCUUGAGGCAACCGCUCCGGGCCCAGGAUAGAAGUGUCAGCGACUCGACAGUGCGACCUGGACGCUCGAGCUCCGGUGACAAGCUGCCAAUCUACGCAGAGAGCAGUGACCGCAUCGUCACUCUUAUCGAGGUUGGAAACCCUAUCUCACCCUACGUUGCGCAGGCAAGAACGUCUCUUGGGGACGCUUUCAGCGGUGCGAGUGACUAUGUUCAAAAUGGAGUUAGCCGAUGGAUCACCUUUGAGCGCAAAGUCGAGCGUGAAGUCAAGAGCGUGCUUCCAAAGGAUGAAUCUCUCACGCCUGGAAUCAUCUACGUCCUCAUUGCUGGUCUCACUGGAUCUGUCCUGACCAGGACACGGGCUUUCCCAAUUCGAUUCCUCGCCCCACCCUUGUUGACAUUGGCUGCGAUGCCAUACUUUUUACCUCGGACUUCUCAUAACCUUCGAGCCUAUCUCUCCGACGUAGAGGACAAACAUUUCCCUGAAAUUGGAGCAUCGCACGACCAGCUCAACGCUCGUUUGGCCAUGCACUGGGACAUGCUGACUAAUCGGUUGGGAUCUGCAACACAGGAUGCGAAGGGAUGGGGAGAACGAGCCGUUCAGGGUAUUGAAAAUUCGACUGGAUUGCGCGUAGGUGACGCUGUCCAAAGGGGACGUGAAAAAGUCGCAGCGGAGAGAGAAAAGCUCAAGACUAUGGUCCCAGUCACUGCUGAUGGAGCAGCCUCGUUCGAGACCGUCGGGUAUGUUGUCGAGGCAAGACCCGUUGCGGAGAUUGUCCGACCAGUGGAAGAUCCAAAACCUGAAAAGAGAAUGGUGUAG